AGUUUCGGUCGCAAUAUUUUCUUUUACAAUUUAAAAAAUAAAAAAUAAUAAUAAUUCAUUAAUCCGCUGCAUCGUACCCUCGUUUCGCAUACGUAAUGGCGGAUGUUAAGUGCGCGACAGGCAAAUGUGAAGAUAAGACCAUCACCUACGAAGCGGUCAAAGCGAUCGCUGAUAAUAUUCUGUCGCGCAUAAAAGUCAAACCGGUUAUCGGCAUUAUUUGUGGCUCGGGUCUGGGCUCACUCACCGAAGCCAUUACGAAUGCACAAAAUAUCGAUUACAAGGACAUACCCGGUUUUCCGGUCUCAACGGUGCCCGGACAUGCGGGACGCCUGGUCAUCGGCAUGCUGGAGGGCCUACCAGUGUUGGCCAUGCAGGGACGCUUUCACUACUACGAGGGUUAUCCAUUGGUGAAGUGCUCGUUGCCGGUGCGCGUCAUGAAAGUGAUGGGUAUUGAAUACUUGAUGGUCACCAAUGCGGCGGGCGGCAUAAAUCCCACUUAUAAGGUGGGUGAUAUUAUGCUCAUACGCGAUCAUAUCAACUUCGUCGGAUUUUCUGGCAAUUCACCAUUACGUGGACCGAAUGAUGACCGGUUCGGACCGCGCUUUCCACCCAUGACCGAUGCCUACAAUCCCGCAUUGAUUACGCGCGCUCUGAGCGUAGCCAAAGAGAUGGGUAUACCGGAUGUGGUGAAAGUGGGCACAUAUUGCUUUCUAGGUGGUCCUAACUAUGAAACCAUCGCUGAGUGUAAGAUGUUGCACACUUGUGGCGUAGAUGCUGUCGGCAUGUCGACCGCUCAUGAGGUGGUCGUGGCCCAGCACUGCGGCCUGAAGGUGUUCGCCUUCAGUCUUAUCACCAACAAGUCAUCACUGGACUACGAAAAGAAAGAGUAUGCCAAUCAUGCUGAGGUCGUGGCGGUGGGUAAAAGUCGGGAGAGCACUUGCCGUGAGCUAAUGUGUCGCAUGAUCAAAUCUAUAGCAGCUGAGCGUGGUAGCAGCGGAUCGUCGGACUGUGGCUGCACAACGUGAGAAACGAGGGUUCCUGAGAUGCAAGCAGGAUUAGUGAAAAUACAAAUUAUCUAUUUUUAAUUUCAUUUACAGAAAAGUCGAAAUUUUUGAAGUUUACAAACCUA